AUGUUUAGAGGAUCUCAUUUUAUCUUCCUAAGUUGUAUUUUAUUGGCUAUAGUUUCAUGCGAAUUCAUUCCAACAGAUGAAGCAAACUUUGCUUUAUUUAAUGUCAUAAAACAAGCUUAUAAUAGUGGUAAACAUUCAAUAUAUAUACAAUAGAUAAUUUUGCACUUAUAUAUCAAUAAUUGGAUGAUGAAGUAUAGUAAGCAUUGUCUUUGAAACAAUUUGAAGAAAUCCUUGUAACAAAAAAAAGUAAAACUGGAUCAAUUGAAUACUGGUCAUAUUCUUCUCCAAUUCCAUAGCAUCCAAUCUUCAUUCUUGGAUUCUAAAAAAAUUUGGCAGUUGGAUCCAUUGAAUGGGAAUAUUAAGAAACAAAAUUUAAAGUGUUCUUAUUAAAAGAAUUUGUGGAACCUACAUUUGUUGAGUUCUUAAAAAGAAAUCCAAGUCGAACCUCUUUAUCAGCCAAAACAGAUGAUAUAGAAAUACUCAAUUAUCAAGGAAAUAGAUAAUAAGAUUUAAUGAGUGUGUUCAAAAUCACUGUAGCAAUAGAAUUUUCAAGAUAAUCAGCAGAGGGUAUUAUUGAUCCUGAUACCUGGGUAUCACUUGAAGAUGUUAAUAAAUAUUACUUGAAAGAUGUUGAUACAUCUCAUACUUAGUUUUUGGAAAUUUGGAAUCAAAUGGGAAAGAUUAAAGAUGAUAAGAUCCAAUUGAUUGAAAUAGCAAAUGGUAUGAUUGCACUUAGCUCUAAUACUAAUACUGAAUAUUUACAAACAAUUUUAACUAUGGAAUCAAUAGAGAAAACGAUUUAAACAAUGAAAUUAGAGUAAACUCAAUCAUAUUAUUUAUCAUCACUCUUUUUAGUAUUUUUAAAUUACGAUAACAAAGAUAGAGAUGAUUAUAUUAAAUAAAUUUCUUCAUUUACUCCUGAAUAUGUUUUAGAAAAAUCAAAUUAAAUUCAUUCAAUUUUAGAAUAAGGAGGUUAAGAAGCAUAAGAUCUAUUAGCUAGAGGAAAAGAGGUGUUAGAUGGAUAAGUUUUAGGAAUUUAAGCUUAAACAUUCACAAAAGCAUCUACUUCAGCUUAUGUUAAUCUAUUAGAUAAACUUAAUAAAUAAGAAAUAUUCAAUAGUAAAUUUUAUGAUAUUUUUUAUCCUUUAAUUGGGUAUGUAUCUAUGAAGAAUCCAUUCCUUGCUAAAACUUACAAACAUGUUGGAGUAAGUUAUAUAUUUAUUCUAAGGUUAAAGGUGGUUCUUCAUCUUAUGAAAAAGAUACUCAGUGUGUUUUAAGCAUUGCUUAAUUUUAAGAAUUAUACAAUCCAUUCCCUUAUAGUAAAACAACAUAUGCUUUAUUUACUUAAGAUCUAGAUUAUGAAACAGAAUAUGCUCCUCUGAUUACACAAUUUAACUAUUUCACUGGAUUAAUAAGCUUAAAUGGAUAUUAUUUAUAAGCUGUAUCGAAAGCUCUAACUUCAAUUUCCUUAGAUGAGAAUAUAUUUGAACAAUGA